AGCAAUCGUGUCCACCCGCUCGUGUUCUGUGUCCACGUCUGUUUUAACUGCAUUGUGUUGCGUUAAGUAGCAUUCACUCGUGUUCGCCGUGAGCGAUCGCGACCGACCGACGGACGUCCAAACAGCCGGUUGCAAAAGUGCAGUCUCGGUCAACCAACUUGGCCAUUAACAGCAGCCCGAGAAUUUUAAGUCCUACUCGGCAGAAUGCUCUCCAAGACAGUAAAUUGUUCUCAUAAAAAUGUGACUCACAAUAUCGCAUUGUAAUAUUCAAUUAAAACACUCGUAGAAAGACUGACUUAUUACGGAAGCAGAUUACAAAAGGACGUAUCAUUCGAUUGAUAUUGAUAUACAAUUAAAAUGGACAACCUGCUGAAAGAGCUAGAGGCUCUAAAAAUUAGGGGUGAUUUCUUCGAGGAUAAUUCCUCGUGGACACCAUGCGUGGAUUUGAUUCAGAGGAGUUUUGUACCGCAAAGAACAAUCGGGACAGAGCGUCCAUGUGAGGAGAAAGACUUCAGAGAGUAUAGGCUUGUUGUAGAAAGAAACUUGCGUAAUGUCAGGUCUAUGCUGCAACAUAUUUCUAGCAGUUCCAGGGAGAAGCACUUCCAGCUGAGCAAUGCCACUGGGAUAGUUAGAGCAUUUGGUAUGAAUCUACUGUUGCUCAUUGGAGAACAUAACAAAAAGAAUAUUUGGAACACAGUCGAGUGUGUUUCUAUUUCCAAAGAAUUACUCACUACUUUCUGUGACCUGUACGCCUGCCAAAGCAUCUCACAAUUUUUGUCAGAGAAUGAGAAUUUGCGCAACUUGUUGCUAAUGUUAAGACCUAAAUUAUUAAAAGAUACCUGGAAGACUUACCCAUCAGCUGUAGCAUGUUACAGAUGGUUUUUACAAGAGCCAGAAAAACCAAUUUUAUUUAAUUAUAUCGGAGAUGUCUUGCCUACUGCAUUAAUUAUUCUUGAUGACUAUUUUCCUGAUAAUGUAUUAAUAGGCCUGGAAUGUAUUUAUCAGAUUAUUCAGCAUUCUUAUAUGAAAAAAGGACUAAUAGAUUCUGGUUAUGUUAAAUUGAUUUAUCAUGCUUUGCAACUUUUAACUCAUCAAAAGGAAGCAAGAUACAUUAUUCCUUUGUAUUCCUGCAUGGCCAGUCUUUUAGCUACCAUGGAACAUUGGGAUAAUACCAUAAAUCUAUUUGAGUGGACAACACGUGAUGAAGUUCUCUCAACUUUGAUAGAGAACAUGGAAUUUGAGCAGAACAUUGAAUUGCGGCAUGUAUAUAUGUUGAGUUAAAGAGAAAAAGUAAAAAAAUUAAAAAAUGUAAAAAAUUUAUAUAAGAAAUGCAUAAAAAAUACAAUAUUGACAAACUUGUUUUGUCGUUUUGAAAUUGUUAUCAGUUGUGCUGUAUUAUCUUUUUUUAUAAAGGAAGAUUCUAGGGAGUUACUAUAAAAUUUCUGGCGGAUUUUACAUGUUUUGAACAAUGCGAAUUCAGUAAUGCGAUUAUAUAAUUAAAUAAAAAUAGAAGGAA